AUGUGCCUCGGCGCGCAAGCGGCGUCUGACGCAGGCGAAGUCUUGGACGUGGCGGGAAUCUUUUAUGUCAUGUUUGGCUGGCUACCUGUCGCUCUAGAUGCAAAAGAUGAGGGAUUUGGCGAGGCCGACUUCGUGGUCCAGAAGCGAGACCUCUCCAGAGCCAUUGAGCAACUUGUUGAGGCCGGAUUUAAACAGUGCCAGGAUCCCAACUGCAUCGAACUGCAAGCGAACCGCCGCCCACUCAGAGAUACAGGUGAUGGCCCUUGCAAUCUGAGCGAGAUAGCUGCUGCAGAUGUCCUAAAUAGCUACCAUACCGUUGCAGAUGCCCACUUCCAUCUUGGAUUCCAGUAUGAAUCUUCCACGGUACUCUCGCUGUACACCACUUCCGAGCUUCUCUUUUGGUUGGAGGAUCCUGAAUCUGGGGAGCUUCCUGCCAAUGACAAUGACAUUUUCUGGUUUUCAAACGAUCCUCGGCUGCCUCCAUAUCAAGAGGGAGGGCCAUCGGGACCGUGGACAGGGUUAUAUCCUGUCCGAAUCCUGAGUCCUGUGACAUUCAGUGAAGCUUUAGUCAUCCUGAUGUGUCGGGACUAUGGACACAUCGACUUCGUGGAUCAUGCCUGGAUAACCAUGUGGGAGUGUGUUGUGUUCAAAGAGCGACCCAGGACUCUUAGUCCUCGCUUCCAGCCCGUUUGGGAUAUUUUCAACGCCGAAGAGCCCAAUUGUAGUCCUUACGAUGUAUUACGGGCACUCCGUGACGACAUGAUCGCGAAUAAUGAAUUUCGAUAUCUGCCUCCUGUUGAUAUGGACAGGUUUGCUUGA